AUGCCAUAUCCAAACACGUUACUUCUUAGUCAAAGUAACAAUAGAUUAUUGCAAGAAAAACUGGAUUAUGAUAGGAUUCUUUUGGCAGAUGAGCAUAUGAAACUUCUUAGUGAUCUAAAUUAUGAACAAAGAAAGAUAUAUGAUUCAGUAAUUGGAUCCGUUACAGAAAAUAAAGGUGGUGUUUACUUCGUUUAUGGACAUGGAGGUACUGGAAAGACUUAUCUAUGGAGAACCUUGAUAUGUCGAUUGCGCUCAGAAGGGAAGAUAGUCAUUGCAAUUGCAUCAUCUGGGAUUGCAGGAUUGUUGUUACCUGGUGGAAGAAUUGCUCAUUCGAGGUUUCAAAAACCGAUAAAUGUAACAGAUACCUCAACUUGCGCGUUUAAGCAAGGUUCACAUCUUGCAAAACUAAUGACAAGAGCAAGUCUAAUAAUUUGGAAUGAAGCUCCUAUGGCUCAUCGAAAUUGUUUUGAAGCUGUUGAUCGUUCACUAAGAGAUAUUUUACAUUUUAGUGAUCCACAAAGUGGAGAGAAACCAUUUGGAGGAAAGACAGUUGUUCUUGGUGGUGAUUUUCGACAAAUAUUACCGGUUGUAUCUAAAGGCCGGAGAGAAGAAAUAGUUGAGGCAUCAAUUAAUAGGUCUUCAUUAUGGAAGUACUGUACAGUUAUGACUUUGACAAAGAAUAUGAGGCUUGAGCAAAAUCUCGGCGAUAAUGCUGCAAGAGAAUUUGCACAAUGGAUUCUGAAAAUAGGUGAAGGUGAAUUAGAUGAUAGUGAAGGUGAAGCAUUGAUUAAGAUACCAUUUGAUUUAAGAAUUCCACAUGAUACUUAUCCUAUUAAUGAUAUUGUGAAUGCUACCUACCCUGAGUUACAAAGUAAAUACACUGAUGCAAAGUAUUUAGAAGAUAGAGCGAUUUUAGCUCCAACAAAUGAUGUCGUGCAAGACAUAAAUGACUACAUGAUUGAUCUUAUUAACGUUGACGAAGAAACAUAUCUCAGUGCUGAUUCAAUAUGUAAAGCUGCAAGCAACAUUCAAGACCAAGAUAUUAUGUAUCCAAUAGAAUUCCUAAAUUCAUUGAAGUUUCCGGGUAUACCAAACCAUAAACUCAGGCUCAAAGUUGGAAUCCCUAUAAUGUUACUUCGGAAUUUAAAUCAGAGUGCUGGACUUUGCAAUGGCACUAGACUUUUGGUUACUCAAUUGUCAAAAUGGGUGUUAGAGGCUAAAAUCAUAUCAGGGACUCAAGUUGGACAUAAAGUAUUCAUUCCACGUAUAGUUCUAUCUCAUUCUGAUUCUAAAUUGCCUUUUGUAUUGAAAAAAAGACAAUUUCCAGUAUCUGUUUGCUUUGCUAUGACGAUUAAUAAAAGUCAAGGUCAAUCAUUGCAACGUGUAGUAGGCCUUUUCCUACCAAAACCUGUCUUUAGUCAUGGUCAAUUGUAUGUCGCUAUAUCCAGAGUUACAAGUAGAAAUGGGCUUAGAGUAUUCAUUGAAGGUGAAUACAACUUAUCAUCAACAACUGCAACAAGGGUGUACAUUAACCUUAAAAUUCCUGAAGUUGCCAGAGUUCUUGACAAGUAUAGGAUACAAAUAGAAGUAUCAGAUACAACUAAUUCAACAACAUUCAUUGUAUUUGAUAAAGAGGGUGAACAACUUAUAGGCAAGACUGCGAAAGAACUUGUAGACAUGCAAGAUGAGGAAACUCCAGCCAACUCUGAACAAAAUAUAGAAGACGAACAGACAUUCACUCAACAUUCUUCAAUGUCGUUUUCCUUACCUAUUGAAGAUGUUGAAUCAGAUGAUGAUGAUAUGCCGAUCAAAUUGCUUUGCAAACGAAAGCGAUACACUUAA